CAAUAGCACACGCAGAUAUUGAGAGACAUGACGUCAUUACUCGAGAGCAGUGUCCGGCUAACACAGAUCGACUGUAAACUGCUGAAUCAGUCUUACUUGUCAUGGAUCCCAUUCACAAGGCUAAACUUAAGCGGAACUACGUGCAGAUCGUAAUUGAUGUAGAACCAAAAGAUCUCGUGGACGAUUUGUACCAGGAUGGAAUACUCACCGACAAUGAUUGUGAACGCGUGACGAAUUCUAACGAAACAAGAAAAGAAAGAUGUGAGAACUUGAUCUCCGUUUUGAUGAAGCGAGGUCCCCAUGCCUUUCAGUCAUUCCUUGGUGCCAUUCAGAGUUCGAACUAUAGCCAUAUUGUAGACCUCCUCGCAUCUAAUACAGCAGUUAGUGAUUCUGUUGUUGUGGGAAACGUAACACAACUUCCAUGCAGUCCAAAUAACGUUUGUGAAAAGUGCUCACCUUAUUUUCCUGUUCGGUUUUUGAACCCAAACGUCGGCAAUAUCUUAAAACGACAUUGUUGUCUGAUUUUGCAAAGUGUUGAACCUCGAGACUUAUUACCUUAUAGCUAUCAAGAGGAGAUAUUCAGUGAAGACGAGUGUGAAAGAAUAAAGACAGGAAAAACACGGAAAGACAGAUGUGCUUUAUAUCUGAAGGAAUUGUCUAAAUGUAGAAAUGACACUCUUAUUGGAUUGUUGAAGGCUUCUCUACAAAAGAAAUAUCAUUAUAUAGCUGAAACAAUUGAAAAUACAUCGUCAAAUGCAAAAUUAUUUACACAAACGGAUUCCAUACAUAUUAAAACAACACCGCCCAGAGAACAUGAGUUGUCCUCAGAAAUAUCGACUUUACAAGACAGAACAGCAUACAACGAUUAUUUGUUUGGUGAUAUAUUGAAACAGAGCCAAGUUCAUUUAACUCAUACCCGUAAAGCAGGAGAGCAUGUUGCUACAAAUUGUAAAAAGGGGAAAGAUAGUAAAAAUGAGAAAAGAACUCGAAUGCACAAAGGUGAAUCCUCAACUGACGACUGUUUCCUAGCAAAGAGGACAAGGCGAGACAUUUCUUCAAAUGAAGGUCAGCUUGUGUCUGCCUCGGGUAUAACUAGUACCUCUCCAUUUCGGAUAUCACCUGGCGCGUCACAGCCCGAUAGUAUGCCAAACAAACGAUUAGAUUUUGCUUUUAACACGCUAGUAACUUUGAUGAACAGAGGAUUAUUUGAUCAGUUUAACAGCUUGAAUGGACGUCUUCGUCGUCGAUAUAAAUUAGAUUUCGAUAUGAGAUGUGUUCUUGGGUAUUUACAAGCAAACUUGGAGCUACAUAAAUCAAAUUUUGAUGGUGCAAAACAGCAAAUUGAGUCCGCCUUAACAAUCUGUGGUAAAACAACAAACACUCGUUAUUUUACCCUCGAGCUCCUUGGAACAAAAGCGCGCAUGCUUCUGUAUCAAAAGAAGUUUGAAAAACUACAAGAUGUUGUGGAUGCUGCUAAAAUGAUUAUAGAAACAGACGUUGUAGCGUCCAGUGGACGCGCAGCCGGCUGGCUUCACGUGCAAGAAGGACGUUUGAUGGCAGCUCAAAUUGAUUUACUUAAUCCAACACGAGUCAAUUUUGCCGGGGCGCACCAUUUUCUGCAUAAAAGAGCGAAGGCUAGUUUCGAGAAGGCACUUGCCAACUUUCAGAAAGAUAAAAGUGAGUAUGGCCCAGUCGGUUUUGUAUAUACGAUGUGUCGCUUAAUCAUUUUACUCUUACAAUGUGGUGAAAACGGACUUACCAUGGAUAUUUUACAACCAGAUCAAACGGUUAUAGAAAGUGCUGGUAAGUACCUGCUGCAAGUUUGUGGAUCUGGUGUAACAUCUAGGAAGGUUUUAAACAUGCACUAUCACAUUGCAAUGUCGGACUUUCAUUUUCGGUCAGAAAAUAUGAAAAAGGCGUUCGAAUGUGCUGAAACUGCGUACAGUUUGGCAGAACAGUUGGACAUGAAUGAAUUCAUGGUCCACGCUCACAACAGACUUGUGUUUCUCAGAACAAAAGUGAUUCCCUCUUAUGAAGACAUCGCCGAGACAGAGGUGUCGGAGAUUCUCUUUGGGACUGGUUCAUGUCCAGGCAUAUCAACAACUGUCGAUGAUGAAACCUCCGAUUUUGACCUUACUUAGGCAUAAACGUUUAUCAUUUGAAACAUGCGAACGAGAAAUAAUCAUGUUACAAAUAUUUCAACUUACUAUCUAGUCAAAACGAAAGUAGAGAUAAACAUUAUAAAUCAUUACGGAGGCAUCACUUACAGUUUUUUGUUUUUGUUUUUUGUUUUGUUUUUGUUUGUUUUUUUCAAAGAUGUUAUUUUGAGUAUUAUACAACAAAACAAGUAUUUAAAGAUUUUUUAAUGAUAAGGCGAUUACUAUUUUUUUCACGAAUCUGUGUGAACACAUAUAUAUUACAUUUGACAUCCCGUUUUAGAUAGCGAUUAAAUAAUACAAAUGUACGUGAUGUAAGCGCGUAUUUGUAAGAUAUCAAUUUUAGAACAAAACAAAUGAGAAAUUAACUAAUUUUCCUGGUGCAAUGAACACCAUUUUUGAAUACAUCAGAUCCAAAGAACAAAACGAAUUCUAGAAAGUGUAUUCGAAUUACUGGUAGUUGUUACAAUAUAUGUAACAUUAGCGCCUACCGCUACAGGAAAGACCACUUACUGGAUGAGUUGUAGAUUUUCACGAUUAGUCAUAUCCUAUAGUGACGUCACUCUCUCGUCUGUGUGUUCGUGAAGCUAAUAUGAUUACGGUAAUAUUGUGUCUUUGUGUGUCAUAUGAUACCCACCAGGACACUAUUAGCUGUGAUACACGUAUAGAAUGUAUAUUGUAUGUUGAGAAUCUCUAGUUUCAAGAAGGUGUGUGCACGGCUACGUUUGCUCAUGUAUGUGUAUAUAUGCAGUUUGUAAGCGUAUGCUUUCAAACUUAUAACAAAAUCUGGUGCUUUUAAAUUGACAACAUUAUCUGGUAAAUUUUAGACAUGCUUUCAAAUGCAUUCCCUUAAACGGUAUCUGUUUCUGUGAUAAAACUGUCAUUUUGUGAUAUACAGUUUAUAUUAAACAACCAAACACAUUGGUUGGUAUUGUGUGCACUUACCUGUCAUAAUAUUGUUGAUUUAUUUAUUAUGUAUUUAUUUAUUUCAUAUUAUGCUUUGCCAGUUUUGUGUAAUAUCUUUGACAAAAAAUGCAUCAUGUCACUGUUAGCUUUGUGAGCUAUGAUCAUAAAUUAUAAUAAUCAUCAUAGUUGUUUUUUAGAAAGACAUUUUUCACCAGUGACAGCUGCAAAGCAGCAGACUUCACAAUAGAUCGUUAUUGAUGCAGUGUUAUGAUAUUGUUAUUUGUGAUGUUUUGAAUUUAAUACAUAUAUUUUCUUCGCAA